UUUCUUUUGUUUGUUUGUUUGUUUGUUUGGGUUUAAGAGAGACAAGCAAAUCUAAACUGACCUUAAGAAAUUCACUCCAGCUUCUCUGUGGUUUCGUUUCAGCACUUCAUUCACGCCUUUGACUUCAAUUGGCAUUCACUUCACUUUCUCUGUUCCAUUACACCGCCAUUCCCUUCAAGCUUUCGAGAAUCUCCUGAUUCAACUGAACUUUGUUCGUUUUAGGCUAAACGAAAAACAAUGCAUCUCCUCCGUUUGCUCAGCGGCCGACAAGUUCGAAGCUUGAAGUGUCAUGUUAGAUUCGAUAACUAAACUCCAAAUCUUCCUGUUUUCUUCCCCGGUUGUGGAGAUAACGUAGUGUUGAGGAAGGAGAAUUAUUGAUUUACUACUCUCAGACUUCACAAUUCACAGAUUGAUUUCAUUUAUUGCUUGUAUUUUCCAUGGAGGAGGAAAGUGUUGUAGAGCUUCUACAGCGGUAUCGGCGAGACAGGCGUAUCCUUUUGGAUUUUUUACUUUCUGGAAGCUUGAUAAAAAAGGUUAUAAUGCCACCAGGAGCAGUUACAUUGGAUGAUGUGGAUCUAGAUCAAGUCAGUGUUGAUUAUGUUCUCAAUUGUGCUAAAAAAGGUGGAAUGCUCGAGCUAUCAGAUGCUAUUAGAGAUUAUCAUGAUAAUGCAGGGUUGCCCCAAAUGAAUAAUAAUGGCGCGAUUGGUGAAUUCUUCUUGGUCACUGAUCCCGAAGCUUCAGGCUCACCUCCUAAAAGGGCACCACCAUCGAUUCCUGUUUCUACAUUACCUCAUGUUUUUGCGCCAUCACCUAUUGUGUCAACGGAAAAUGUUUCCAGGUCAGAUUCCUUUGACUCCACGCAUGUUCAGGAACUGUCUGUGGACUCCACCAAUGUUCAAGAACUGUCUGUUGACUCCACCAAUGUUCAAGAACUGACUGUGGAUGACAUUGACGAUUUUGAGGAUGAUGAUGAUGCUGAGGAAGUUGACAGCAUCAGGGUUUCAAGACGUAAUCCAAAUGAUGCAGCAGAACUUGUAUUGAAAUUGCCUUCGUUUGAUACUGGUGUUACAGAUGAUGACCUUCGUGAAACUGCAUAUGAAGUCCUCUUGGCAUGUGCUGGGGCAUCAGGGGGCCUUAUUGUACCUUCAAAGGAAAAGAAGAAAGACAAGAGGUCCAGGUUAAUGAGAAAGCUUGGACGCAGUAAAAGUGAAAAUAUCGUGACUCAGUCUCAACAUGCAACGGGGUUGGUUGGUUUGUUAGAGACCAUGCGUGUGCAGAUGGAGAUAUCUGAAGCAAUGGAUAUUAGAACAAGGCAAGGACUGCUUAAUGCUCUUGUGGGAAAAGUUGGAAAGAGAUUGGAUACUUUAUUGAUUCCUCUAGAGUUGUUGGGUUGUAUUUCUCGCUCAGAAUUUUCUGACAAGAAAGCAUAUAUACGGUGGCAAAAGAGGCAGUUAAAAAUGCUAGAGGAAGGGCUUAUUAACCACCCUGUUGUCGGGUUUGGUGAAUCUGGGCGCAAAGCCAAUGAACUGAGGAUUCUUUUGGCAAAGAUCGAGGAGUCUGAGUUUCUUCCAUCUUCUACUGGUGAACUCCAACGGACUGAUUGCCUGAGGUCUCUCCGAGAGAUUGGCAUUCCACUUGCUGAGAGGCCAGCUCGGGGUGACUUAACUGGUGAAAUUUGCCACUGGGCAGAUGGAUAUCACCUCAAUGUUAGACUAUAUGAGAAACUGCUUCUCAGUGUUUUUGACAUGUUAGAUGAGGGAAAGCUGACAGAGGAAGUGGAAGAAAUUCUUGAGCUCUUGAAGUCAACCUGGCGUGUCUUGGGAAUUACAGAGACCAUCCACUACACUUGCUAUGCGUGGUUGUUAUUUCGACAGUAUAUCAUUACAAGUGAGCGAGGAAUGUUGCAACAUGCCAUCGAGCAGCUAAAGAAAAUACCAUCAUGGGAACUAAGGGGCCCACAAGAGAGGCUACACUUGAAAAGUCUGCAUUCCAAAGUUGAAGGUGAAGAGUUUUCUUUCUUACGGUCCUUUUUAUCGCCGAUUCAGAAAUGGGCAGAUAAGCGGCUUGGAGAUUACCAUUUGCACUUUGCUGAGGGGUCAAUGGUUAUGGAGAAUAUAUUAUUAGUCGCAAUGCUUACUCGGAGGCUUCUUUUGGAAGAUUUUGAAUUAGCUACAAAAUCUACAUCUGACACUGAUCGAGAUCAAAUAGAAUCAUAUAUAUCAUUGUCCAUUAAGAACGCUUUUGCAAGGAUAUUGCAGUCAGUUGAAAAAUCAGAAACGAUGGAUGGACAUCCCCUGGCCAUACUUGCAGAGGAGACCAAAAAACUUCUGAAAAAAGAUUCAACCAUAUUUACACCUGUUUUGUCUCAGAGGCAUCCACAAGCUGCUGUUGUUUCUGCUUCACUUCUUCACAAGCUGUAUGGAAUCAAGUUGAAACCUUUUCUUGAUGGUGCUGAACAUUUGACUGAGGAUGUUGUAUCUGUAUUUCCGGCAGCUGAUAGCCUUGAGCAGUAUAUGGUGUCAGUUAUUAUUUCUGUAUGUGGAGAAGGGAGUGCAGAAAUCUACUGCCGGAAACUAACUCAGUACCAGGUAUUGUCUGUAUCUGGGACAUUGGUGAUGCGGUGGCUUAAUGCUCAGCUUGGAAGAAUUUUAGGUUGGAUUGAGCGGGCUUUGCAACAGGAGCACUGGGAACCAAUAUCACCUCAACAACGGCAUGGGAAUUCAAUUGUUGAAGUCUAUAGGAUCGUCGAGGAGACGGUUGAUCAAUUUUUUGCACUUAAGGUUCCUAUGAGGUCUUCAGAAUUGAAUAGUCUAUUUCGUGGCAUUGACAAUGCAUUUCAAGUGUAUGCAAAUCAUGUCAUUGGCAUGUUGGCUGCCAAGGAGGAUUUAAUUCCGCCUGUGCCUGUUCUUACGCGACACAAGAGGGAAGUUGGAUUAAAGGCUUUUGUGAAGAAAGAACUAUUUGACUCUAAGCAGGCUGAUGAGAGAAGUUCUUCUGAAGUUAAUCAGUUGACUACUUCAACCCUUUGUGUUCAGACAAAUAGUCUACAUUAUGCAGUCAGUCAGCUGAAUAAGUUGGAAGACAGCAUUUGGGAACGAUGGACAAGGAAAACACCCCAUGAAAACUUUUUAAGGAAGUCCAUAGAUGAGAAGUCCAAGAGUUUCGCACCGAAGGACAUGUUUAAUGGAAGUAGAACAGAUAUAAAUGCUGCUAUUGAUCGCAUUUGUGAGUAUACUGGAACAAAAAUUAUUUUCUGUGAUUUAAGGGGGCCAUUCAUCGAAAACUUGUAUAAAACUAAUGUUUCUGUUUCUCGGCUGGAAGCACUGAUUGAACCACUUGAUGUGGAGCUAAAUAGACUCUGUGAUAUUAUCGUGGAACCACUCAGGGACCGGAUUGUGACUAGUCUUCUUCAAGCCUCACUGGAUGGCUUACUACGAGUUAUAUUGGAUGGAGGACCAUCACGACUUUUCUCCCCUAGUGAUGCAAAACUGUUAGAAGAAGAUUUGGAGGUUUUAAAGGAGUUCUUUAUAUCUGGGGGAGAUGGGCUUCCUCGUGGAGUGGUGGAAAAUCAAGUCACACGUAUUCGUGAUGUAAUAAAGUUGCAUGGCUAUGAGACCCGAGAAAUAAUAGACGACCUGAAAUCAACUAGCAGCAUGGGCACACGGGGCGGCAAAGGCAAACUAGGUGCUGAUACAAACACUCUGUUGAGAAUACUAUGCCACAGGGGUGACUCAGAGGCCUCCCUGUUCCUCAAGAAACAAUUCAGAAUACCCAAAUCUUCCGCUUAGUGUGGUUACUGUCUGUCGCUCGACAAUCCACCUGAACGACCAACUAGGGGUAAAAGUGUAUCAUAGUAACUUUAUCGUUCAUGUGAAUAUAAGUUUAUAUCUUUCAACUAAUGUGGGUUUGUUAACAAGCAUUUAAAACUAAUUAGACACAGUACUAAGCAUUGAUUAUUCUUUUGUAUUGUAAUAAUAACUUCUGCAAUCUCUCCUAUAAUUGGGCAUGCA